CUUUAUUCUAUUUUAUGAACACAUAUUAAGAUUUAAUUUAUUACCAAUAUUGGAAUUGAAUACUAUAUAUCUAUAUAUUUUACAUAACAGUCUCUAAUAUUAUCAAAUCAUAUAAGCUAAUAAUUAACAAUGACUAUCAAAGCUGUAAUUUUAGUAGGGGGUGAAAAGACGGGAACAAGAUUUAGACCUUUGUCUAUGGAACAACCCAAGGUAUUAUUUCCAAUUGUUGGUAAACCAUUUAUUUCUCAUAUAAUUGAGAACUUUAUUAGUCAAUUAGAUGGAAUUGAACCUUUAGAAAUCUUACUUAUUGGAUUUCAUAAGGAUGUUUCACUGUUGCAACAAUACAUUAAGGAAAUUUCAGGUAAACAUCCAUGGGUGAAAAUAGUAUAUAAAGCUGAACCAGGUACUUUGGGUACUGGUGGUGGAUUAUACUAUUUCAGAGAUGAAAUCUUGGAUUCAAAUAAUGAUAAGUUGUUUUAUAUUAAUGGUGAUGUUAUAUGUGAUUAUCCCUUUAAACAAUUACUUGAUUUUUAUAAUAGCCAUAAUCAGAGCUCAGUAAUUUAUGGUGUUGAUCCAACACAGUUAUUAAAUAAUAAUUUGAUUGGAUUAACUAGUUUGGAACCUGAAGCAAGACAGAAAAUAUUCAACAAAUUUGGUAUAAUUGUUUCCGAUAAGAAGACAAAUGAGGUCAUUCAUUAUGUUGAAAAACCAACUACUCAAUUUACUUUGGAUACAACACAUAAUGUUUUAAUUAAUGGAGGUAUAUAUAUCUUUAAUAAAGAUAUAUUUAAGUAUUUAGAAAGAGCUCAAUUGGGUAAAAGAAGAGCUUCAAAGAUAUUUUUGUAUGACGAUUUAGAAUCUGAUUCAGUUGAUCCAAAUUCUCUUAGUUUAGAAUUGGAUGUAUUGAAGAUUUUACCUCAAAGUUCUGAACUGAAGUUUUACAGUUUUAACUCUACUAGUUUCUGGUAUCUAUUAAAGACUCCUAUGUCAGCAUUAUUAGCUAACAGAUAUUUCUUGGAACAAACAGUUGAUAAGGAAUCAUUAAAAGGAGUUGAAAGUAUCAUACCACCAGUUCAAGUACUGGAUUCAAGUUUAGGAUUAAGAGGUGGCUAUAAAAUUGGUCCUUAUGUAUCUUUUGGAAAGAAUGUCAGUAUAGGUAAUGGAGUCAGAAUAAAGAAUUCAAUUAUUUCUGAUAAUGUUACUAUUGGAGAUAAUUCUUAUAUUGUUAAUUCUAUUAUUUCUGAAGGAGUUAAAAUUGGUAAAUGGUGUAGAAUUGAGGGAGAAGCCAGUAAACAAUCUGUUCUUAAUGAUAUUGAUACUAAGACUAAUAGUAAUUUGAAAUUGGAAAAUAAUAUUGUUAUUUUAUCAAAGGGAGUUUCGUUAGUAAUCAAGUUUUCAUUAAGAGUUCUGUUGUUUUACCUCAUAAAGAGAUUAAAUCUGAUAUUAAGUACGAAGUUAUUAUGUAAAAUAUUAAAAAUUAUGAUUGCUUUUACAACUGUUGUUUUGUCUUCUUUAUAUAUGCAUACAAUAAACGAAUAUAUAUAUAUAUAUAUAAAUAAUUAUACGUUAGGGAAGUAAUUUAU